GAAAAUAAAGCAAAGACAAGAUCAUAGAGAGUGAUGAAAUGAAAGACGUCUUCAUCACAUGCCGUCGCAGGUUUGAAUAUAAGGGCUGGAGGCGGCCGAUAACUGUCAUUCCUCCAUCGCUGCAGUUCAUUGACGCUGUGGCGAUAUAUUUUGCGGUCAGAUCCUCUUCCAACUCCCUAAACUACCUCCACUACCAUGGCCGAUCCCCGUAUCAAGCAGCUCCGCAUCAAGACUGGAAUUCUCAAACGCACUUAUAAAGAGAAGAUCAGUUACGAGAAGGAGGCUGAGCAGAUCCAAGAGAAGAUCAGGAAGAUGCAAGAGGAAGGUCAAGAAGUUUACUACAUCAAAAAGCAAGACCAGCUGCUGCAGGAAACACAGAAUGUUAUUCCUGAUACCCAGAAACGCCUCAAUGCCGCCUACCAUGAUCUGAAAACCCUUGUGGAAACAGAGACUGAAUUGGAAGAAGCAGAAGAGUAUCUUGCAGCCAAGGCUGUCAUUGAAGAAAGUGCCUCUCAUAUUACAGCCUAAAUCAGUCCUUAUCGUUAUCUGCACAUGCAUGCUACAUCUGAAUUUGGACUCAUUCCACACUCAGUGAAAUUUAUUUUAAUUCUGUUUCAAAGUGAAAGAAAAAGAAAGAUUGAAUAAAAGAGUAUUAGCAGAUGUUGAUUGAAAAUUUGAUAAUUGAAAUAGUGAAAAUAAAUAUUGGGCAUUUAUUUUCAGAGCUAAAGUGUGUGCUAAUGAAAUCCCUUUCCUAAACAUAGAUGUGAUAUAAUACUUAAAACUUGGGCCUGAUAUCGUAAGACUGAUUGCCUAUGUGAUGCUUCGUCGCCUUAAAACUGUGAUUGUGUUAAUUUUUCACAUUCUUGGAUUACAGUUUGUUUAAAGCCAAGUGUAAAACAUUAAUCUGACUCUCAUUUCUCUGUUAUUGGACUUAACAAACAUUACAAGCUGUUUUUCUUUGAAAAGGUGCAUUGUGUUACUAAUUUUUUCUGAUUUUGGAAAUAAUCAGAGGGGCCCAUUUCUUGAUAUUUCUUUUUAAACUAUUACUUACAAAUAGGUGUAAGAGUGAAUAGAAGAAAAGAUAGAAAAUUAUACAAAGAACAACUGCCUGAAUUGUAGCUUCUAUCUUGUUUAAACUUCUAAUUUAGUCCUAAUGGGGAUCAAUCUAUAGGUUUGAUUCAUUUUGUCCUUACAAUCCAUUCACUAUAAAUUAUUAACACAG